AUGGGUUUUGUUGAUUUCUUCGAAACAUAUAUGGUCGGUUCUAGGGUCCAGUUCAAACAGUUAGAUAUUUCUGAUUGGUUGAGUCUGACCCCAAGGUUGCUUAUUCUUUUUGGCUAUUUUUACCUUCAUUCUUUUUUUACUGCAAUCAAUCAAUUCCUACAGUUCAUUAACACGAAUUCCUUCUGUCUUAGACUGCAUUUACUAUAUGACAGAUUUUGGUCGCAUGUGCCCAUAAUAGGUGAGUACAAAAUUCGGCUGCUCUCGAGGGCACUGACAUAUAGUAAACUGAAAAUAAUACCAACUUUAGACAAGGUGCUGGAGGCGAUUGAAAUUUGGUUUCAGCUACAUUUAGUUGAAAUGACCUUCGAAAAAAAAAAAAACGUCCAAAUUUUCAUAACCGAGGGAAGUGAUGACCUAAACUUUUUUAAAGAUAGCAAAUUCCAAACCACAUUAAUGAUAUGUAAUCAUCGAUCAGUGAAUGACUACACAUUGAUUAAUUACCUUUUUCUCAAAAGUUGUCCCACCAAGUUUUAUACUAAAUGGGAAUUUCUACAAAAGCUGAGGAAGGGGGAAGAUCUAGCUGAAUGGCCUCAGUUAAAAUUUCUUGGUUGGGGAAAAAUGUUUAACUUUCCUCGAUUGGAUCUACUAAAGAACAUAUUCUUCAAAGAUGAAACACUCGCACUCUCAUCGAAUGAGUUAAGAGAUAUUUUAGAAAGACAAAACAAUCAAGCUAUUACUAUUUUUCCCGAAGUCAAUAUCAUGAGUUUGGAACUAUCAAUUAUUCAAAGAAAAUUACACCAAGAUUUUCCCUUUGUUAUAAACUUCUAUAAUUUAUUAUACCCAAGAUUUAAAAACUUUACCACUUUGAUGGCUGCUUUUUCAUCAAUUAAAAACAUCAAAAGAAAGAAAAACCGUAACAAUAUAAUCAAAGAGGCCCGAUACCUGUUUCACAGAGAACUUGACAAAUUAGUUCACAAGAGCAUGAAAAUGGAGUCUUCCAAGGUAUCCGAUAAGACGACGCCGCCCAUGAUCGUAGAUAAUUCAUACUUACUUACAAAAAAGGAAGAAAUCAGCAGCGGCAAGCCCAAGGUGGUACGAAUCAAUCCAUACAUAUAUGAUGUCACCAUAAUUUAUUACCGAGUCAAAUAUACUGAUAGUGGGCAUGAUCAUACCAACGGAGAUUUGAGACUUCAUAAAGGUUAUCAAUUAGAGCAAAUAUCUCCGACAAUCUUUGAGAUGAUUCAACCAGAAAUGGAGUCUGAAAACAACAUAAAGGAUAAGGACCCCAUUGUUGUGAUGGUAAAUGUAAAAAAGCAUCAAAUUCAACCAUUACUCGCAUACAAUGAUGAGAGUUUAGAAAAGUGGCUUGAAAAUAGGUGGAUAGAAAAAGAUAGAUUAAUCGAGUCCUUGCAAAAAAAUAUUAAAAUUGAGACCAAAUAA